AGUAAAUAGGGUUUUUAAGGAUAAAAAUUUUCCUUCAAGAUGGGGCAACGAUAUUUUUUCGUUUCCCCUAACAGUAUUAUCUUUUACGCUCAACUUAGAACCUUUUCUCCUCGUAACGAGAAGAAGAAGAGCGAGUCAUAUGUCGAAGGUAAUGGUGCGUCAGUGAGUGAUUUGUCUCCACCUAGCUAUUUUUCCGUGCAUUUAUAUUUUUUCGUCUUCUACACCCUUUCUGUCUUACAUAUAAUAUUUGAAUAUUUUAUAUCUUAAAGAAAAAGAUGUGGCACAAUAUUAAUUCUGUGCACGUGGUUGUGCGUAUCAAUUUUGCAGAGAAAUACCAACUACAUCAAUUAUUACAUAUCCAAAUGUAAUAAUAUAAUAUGAAAAAUACGAUAAGAAAUUGGAUCCAGCGUAAUUGAAUUUAUGCAGUUCGAUGAGUGUAGUUAAAUUCUUUCUCAAUCAUGUCUACAAAUUCUAUUAUCGCGUCUGUAAAUCCUGUUAUCAAUUUGGCUAUUUUGUUAGCUUUACUUUGUUAGAUUGAUAUGAUAUCACAUUUUGCUACCGUAUCUCAAUUGGCUAUCUCAAAUUACUGUUAUCCACUCUUCAUCGACGUCCAUCGACAUGAUGUAAUGCUUUAAUGUUGACAAUAAAAUUAUAACGAUGCCCGAUUAUCCCUACUCUUAUCGAGAGAUAACUAUAUGGAUAUAUAUCUCGAAAUAUACUACUCCUAUGAAUACCGCCUUUGUAUUCCCGACGAAUAUAAAAAUAGGGUCCGUGCACACGAGGCCUGAAUUAUUUCUUCCGCAAAGCUGAGUGAGAAGCACCCGACCAAUGGACAUCCCGUUCACUUAUUUACCGUGGCCCCAAGCAAACUGAUCGUGGAACAUGUAUUGAAUUUUUCAUACGAACCGCCUCGUCUUUUUUCCGUCGCUCGGGUUCUUUUUAAAAAUUCCUGCGAGAGACCGGUAGUCUCGAUUCUUCCGUGAAAGAUUGAACGGCCGUUUCGCAUCCACGAACGAAAGUGUUCUGUGCCCAAAAUGCGCGUCGUGACACUCGUAUUGCUAUCAAUUUCGCUAUUCUGUACUUUCCAACACAGCCGCGGAUACAACAUUCUGGGUAUUUGCCCGAGCGCAAGUUACAGCCACCAACAAUCUUUUCAAGCAUUGAUGAAAGCACUGGCGGAUCGUGGUCAUAAGGUUACCGUUUUAUCAACAGUUCCCUUAAAGAAUCCUCCACCGAAUUACGAGAACGUUGACUUAUCAUUUUCAUAUAUAAAAAUGAAUUGCACAGGAUUAAGGCAUAUGGGCGCCUACGCGUUUCUACAUCAAAACUUGUGGGGAGCGAAUAUCAUAUGCGAACGUCAAUUAUUUAAUCCUGUUAUUGACAAGCUUAUAGCGAGCAACAAGACAUUCGACGCAAUCAUUAUAGAACAAUUGUGGUUCCAAUGUUAUUACGCUCUCGUAAAGCACUACAAUUUCCCUGUGCUGAUUGGAUUUUUGAGCGUGGGCAACUUGCCCUACGUAAUGGAUUCCGUAGGAAAUCCAGAUGAUCCUAGCUUUAAUCCAGACAUGACGUAUCCAUUUACGGAUAGAAUGGCAAUCAACGAGCGUAUAGUGAAUAUCCUUUACACAACAUACACAAGAUUGUAUUACCGAUACUGGCAUUUACCAAGGGCUCAACGUAUGGCCAGCGAACGAAUACCCGGUACAUCCGUUUACGACAUCGAUAAAAAUUUCAGUUUAGUCAUUCUGGGCAACAAUCAUGUGUUCGGAUACCCGAAGCCAUUAUUGCCACAUGUGAUCGAAGUUCAUAGCUUGCAUAUUUCAGAAAACCCCGGUCUCUUGCCUGAGGACAUUCGCGAAUUUCUAGACAACGCUCAAAAUGGUGCUAUUUAUUUCUCCCUGGGCUCAAAUCUGCAAACUGACCAACUACCCGCUGAACCUUUGACCGCAUUGUGCAACGCCCUAGGCUCGCUCAAGCAAAGAGUUCUAUGGAAACAUGACGGUAACAUGGCUAUUCAUCCAACCAACAUCAAAUUUGUGAAGUGGGUGCCUCAACAAGCGGUCCUCGCGCAUCCCAAGGUGAUAGCAUACAUGAUGCAGGGCGGAUUGCAGUCGUUGCAAGAGGCGGUGCACUAUGCCGUGCCCGUAGUCGCAAUACCCUUUUUUGGGGAUCAGUACUUCAACGCACGUAAAAUCCUAGACGCCGGUAUCGGACUGACACUGGACAUCGACACCAUAACCGAAAACUCCAUCGUACAAACGCUGACGGAGAUUGUAGAAAAUAAAGCGUAUUCAAACAAUAUCAAAACGAUGUCGGCGAUCGUGCGGGACGAAUUGGUGAAACCUAUAGACAGAGCAGUGUGGCAUGUGGAACACGUACUGAAAUUUCCAAACUCGAAACAUUUACGGUAUCAUGGACACGAUAUGCCAUGGAUACAUUAUUACGCAGCGUACCUAUGCAUAGGUAUAUGUUUCGCUUUAUUAUUAUAUAUCAGUUACGUGUUAUGCAAUGGAACUGUUGAUGCUUUUAUAAAAAUCAGAAACAACUUAAAACGAUGGAUAAAUAACUUAAAACGAAAGCUCGAUUGAUGUAAAAUUAUACGAUACGGAAUAAUGAAACAAAAAUUGAUUAUAUGCAAUAUAAAUGGUGAAAAAAAGAGAGUUUCGCUAUAUGAGUAUUACUCCUGCGUAAUGCUUGUAAUAAAGAAAUGAAUGAUAUAUCGCUGAUAAUAGAAAGAGAUAUAUAUAUAAUUUUUUUUAUACUUUUGUGUUGCAUCAUUAUAUUUUUCAUUUAUUCAAAAUAGUUUUUCGAACAUUUGAAAAAUGUCGAGAAAUAUUUCGUAAGCUUGGAAAUUCGUAUUCAUUACAUCACAAUUGUAUGAUUGAAGAGUAAAUUGAAAUGUAUGAAUGAGAAAUCAAUAAAAGAAAGAAUAUCCCAAUUGAA